AUGGUAUCUCGCUAUUGUGGAAACACCACUCCCAGCCACAUGCUGUUCGAUCCCACCCUCAAUAGGCACCUUGUGCAGGCUGCGAAUGCCAUUGCAAGAGAAUUGGGCACAGCUGCAAGGGACCAGUAUGGUGCAGCCUCUCAGGGCCUUCAACUCAUCAGUAUGCUUGAUUUGAUGGAAGUCAUUCAUUAUCUGCAUUCCACCUUUGAAAAUUGUCCCAAGCCAUUCAUUGCCAGCCAAUCACACCCAUCUUGCCAGUCUGUGGUAGAGAUGGGUAUCCUCUACUUGGCAUGCCAGAUUGAGGUGGCCUCUGUACAUCUGAAGCAGACUGCUGAUGUUAUGGGAUGGCCCACACAUUGGUUUACAAACCUAGCAAUGGACUUGAAUCAGCUUAAUAACUUGAUUCUGGUGAUGGUGUUGCAUGCCAGUUAUACUCCCCCCCUCCUGGCAUGCUACCAUGUGUACCUCAGACACCAAGAUGAUGAGGUUAGCUUCCACAAUCAAAUGCAGCUAAUUCCCCUUAGUGCAUUUAGCAUAAUCGACAAUAUCAGUGCCAUCAUCCCACAUUGGACCCCACAUGCAGCUGAUCCCAAUUCUGGCUUUGCAUUCCCUUGGUGGCUAUAUCAUUCCAAGGAAUAUGCAGCAGAUUCCCAAAGAUUGCAAGGCAAGGGAUUGUUUUCCACAGCCUGGGAUUUUUUUAAGGGCUUAUGGCCAUUGCCUGAGGCGCCAAUUGCAGACCAUCUCAACGGCCAUAUCGAGGAGCAAGUAAACUACUGCAUCAAAAAUAUUCAGAAAUAUGCCAAUGUUGUCAAUGGUCAGGGUCGACAAAUUGACCAUUUCUAUGCUAGGUGGUGGGCAUUGUGUGGGUUGUUGGGCAUGCCGCUUCAAUAG